CGAAAGGUAAGCCACGAAAUUGGUGAUGUGAAAACAUCUUCAAUCUUUGCAGACGGUGUUGAUAAAAAUCAGAGCGAUGACAUUGUCGGCAUCUACCUGCCUCCAGACGUGCUUAGUCGAGCGACCUCGAUAAACCACAACGAAGCGGCACCUGCGGACACGAACUCCUCCAGAAAUGUAGUGUCCUCGUCUUCCGUCAGUGGGACGAAGGACAGGGCCGUGAUUGAGAGCGACGAUGAAGUGAUCGUCGCUCAGGCUGGAAAGUUGACACUUCG